AGACACGUUAGGCGGAGCUUAGUCCCUGCUCAUGCCCCGUUUCCCCUGUAUGUCCCCCCUCCUUCGGCCUUAACCUCCCCAACUCCCUCCCGUUGUCUAGGAGUGAAAUAGCGCGCGCAGGGGGGGGGGGGAAGAGCGAGAGAAAAGGAGCGCAUGCGCUCUCUGUCCCUCUCCCCUCACGAGCUGGUUGAUUUGACAGUUAAACGAAGCGCGCGCGCGCGCGCGCGGGAGGGGAGUCAGCCUGUCCGUCUGUCUGUCCUAAAAUUAGGCGAGAAGGGAGCAAGUCCUCUACGCUGCGCGCUUUGGCUCCGCGCCAGGGGCGGCUGGACUGGAGCUUGGGCCCCGGCCAGCUCGUGAGGGGAAGAGGAGGAGGAGGUAUAGGGCAGCGCUUCCUCCUCCUCUUUACCCUUAAGCCUCUUCCACAGCACAGUCUCUUUCUGACUGUCUUUCUCGCUCCCUCAGCGCGCUCGGACCUCUGACGGAGACCGAUGAUUUGCAAGUGAAACUUCAGCUGAGUAUCUUUAACUUGUUGCAACAAGAUGUUUACCACAAAUCCUGCAAACUGGGUUACUUUUGAAGAUGAACCUCUCUUCCAGUCACCUCAGAAAGCAAGUGGAAGUCAUAGUGCCUGUAGAGCAAAUGGGCUUAAACUCCAUUUUCCUAAGGUGCAUGAUUCUUCAAGCCAAUCGCCUUCUUCCAGCAACACACCUAUCUGCUCUCCUGUAGUGGACUAUUACUUCAGCCCUGGACCUCCUAGUAAUUCUCCACUCUGUACACCUACCAAAGAUUAUCCUGUAAGCCUUUGCUUUCCCAAAUCAGGAACUCACCUUCUUUAUCCUAUUCCAGAGUUGUCAUCCAACAUUAAUCUUAUCCCAGUGCCUGGACCAUCUUCUCAAAAACUAACUGGUACCUCUCAGACUGAGCAUCACUCGGAGUUUUUAGUCCCUGAAAUAAUAGAUGGUGCAAAUGCUACUAAUUGGGAAAACUCAAAUAAAUUAGAAGAUUCACUAGAACCGCAAACAUUCUUCCAAUAUGUUCAGAAUGACUGUGCUUUUUCUAGUCCAUUUUGGUCAGACAAUUCAUCUGAUGCAUCCAUCGGCAUGGACAGGAAGGAUGCAAACUUUGAAAAGGAUUGUUGCCCUUCCAAUAAAAAGGAAAGGUUCCUUGAUCAGAAAAGCCUCAAUCAGGGAUCAUUCAGCUAUAUUUGUGAGAGGCUUGAGCACUUGCAAACUGAUAUUUCAGAUAAUGAAAAGACGGUGACAGCCAUGCCGUGCAUGUAUACUGGAGAUGGCUUCUUUUCAUUCCUUCCACACAGCCUCUUCAACAACCAAAGAAAAGAUGGCUGGCCUUUCAUGUUAAGGAUUCCUGAAAAGAAGAAUAUGAUGUCAUCAAGGCAGUGGGGUCCUAUAUACCUUAGGGUGCUGCCUGGAGGAAUCCUACAAAUGUACUAUGAAAAGGGCCUUGAAAAACCUUUCAAAGAAUUCCAACUGCAUCCAUUUUGUAAGCUUUCAGAACCCAAGCUAGAGAACUGUAGUAUUUCUGGGAAAAUCCAUACUGUGAAAAUUGAGCAUGUGUCUUAUGUGGAGAAAAAGAAGUAUCAUCCCAAGGCUGAAGUGGUUCAUGAACCAGAGAUAGAACAGUUGCUGAAGCUGGGGACGACGGAUUACAAUGACUUCACUGACUUUCUGGUGAUAGUGGAGGAAGAGUUAAUGAAGCUUCCUGUUAUUUCAAAACCAAAAAGACACUAUGAAGAACAGGAAAUGAUCCUUGAGAUAGUGGACAACUUUGCAGGAAGGAUCACUAAAGCAGAAGGGAAGCUAGUUGAAAGUUCUGUCAUCACCCAUAUUUAUUGCUUGAAUUUUGUGAAUGGGAACCCUGAGUGCUUUUUGACACUAAAUGAUUUAGAGCUUCAGAGGAAAGAUGAGCUCUACUUUGAAAAGGACACUGCGAAGAAAUGGAUUGAAAUCAUCGACUAUCACUUCCAUCAAUGUGUGAAAAAACAGGAAUUUGAGCAGUCAAGGGUAAUUAAAUUUACACCCCUGGAAGGGUGUAGGUUAGAGCUAAUGCGUUUCAGGACAUGGUAUAAUGGAGCUGAUCUUCCAUUUUCUGUCAAGGCCAUGGUGGUAGUACAGGGAGCUUACGUCGAACUCCAGGCUUUCAUAAACAUGUCCCCUUCUGCUGUGGCUUUGGUGCGUUCAAAUUCCAUGAAACCCUGUGAAAGUAUUAUGGUACACUUUCCUAUUCCUUCACAGUGGAUCAAAACUCUUUGGACCAUGAACCUCCAAAGACAGAAGUCUCUGAAAGCGAAAAUGAACAGAAGAACAUGCCUUGGCUCUUUAACUGAGAUUGAAUCUGAUCCUGUAAUACAAGUCUCAGUUGGAACGGCCAGAUAUGAAAGUGCCUAUAGAGCUAUUGUGUGGAGGAUUGACAGACUUCCAGAUAAAAACUCAAGUCCAGAUCAUCCACACAGUUUGUCUUACAAGCUAGAACUCGGAUCAGAUCAGGAAAUCCCCUCUGACUGGUAUCCCUUUGCCACGGUGCAGUUUGUUGUGCCUGAUGUAUGUGUUUCUAGAACUGAAGUGAAAUCAUUGGGCAUUGAGAGCGACGUCCAACCCCAGAAACAAGUGAUACAGAAAGCAUGUUACAACUGCCAGGUUGAAAUUGAGAAGAAAUGGAUUAGGCUUGAUGGUGAAGAUCCCAACAAGUGUGGCAGUUGUCAGAUGCAGUAGAUAGGAAGGGAACUGAAGAAAGAAGCAGCACUGGAUUGCUAGUCUACUAGUGGAUUGUGGGAAAAUAUGCUUUAUAUAUAUUGCUGGCAAAGGCAGUGGACUUCAGCAUAAAUCCUGCAGGUCAUCUUGCUGAAAUACCAUAUGCUAUUGGAAUCUUGUGCUCCUAACCUUUACUUUACUGGCUAAUGUUGUCCUCUAAAAAGCUAAUACUAUGAAUUGACUCUGUGCACUAUCUUGAAAAUUAGUGGAAUCUGAUACGAAGUUUUAUAAGGCAAUUGACCAUGAAGCAUUUAGACAUAACAUCAAAAUGUUUCUGCUUUUGGUAUGGUCUAGAAAGAAAUUAUAAUUUUCAAAUUAAGUUAUGUAUUACAUAUUUAUAUGUAGUUUAUCCAAGUAAUCCUAUGUACUAUUUUCCCCAGUGUUGGUAAAGAAUGCAAUCCCAAAAUAUACUAAAAAGGGAUGUCACUUGGCAGAGUGGUUAAUACUUUCAGUGGCUCAUAAAUUAGAUUUUUGAGUAAUUGCAAUAUAUAAUCCCUCUACAGAAUAUACAUAUGGAAAAUGUUACAUUAGAAUGCAAAAUCUACAUGGAUUUUUAAGAAUAGUUCCUUUGGCAAGAACUAUCGGGAAUCUAAUCCACUGCUUGCAGAUCUUUCCUACAAAAUUUAUACUGAUUCUGCAUUUCUUAGAAAAUGGCACACAAACAGCUCAUAUGGUCUCCUCCUUUGGCCUCUGUUGUUUGAGCCUUUUCCUUUUCACUCUUUGGAAGGACACUCUGCCUGGGCUUAUGGAAAAAAGGGUGUUGUGGGUAAUAAAAGUUCUUGCCCUGAAAGGAUGAGGCAACGUUUUAAUUUCAGGAUCUUGAAUGGAACAGAGUUAUUUUUAACCCAUUGCCAACUGUUACAAAUUACUUUGGAUCUCCAAUAGGAACAGAUGUUAGAUCUGGAACAAAAGCAUAUCCUGAAGUGCUAGUCAGAGAAGCUGUAAAUCCAGGAGACUGUACAGACGAACAUGGAAAGCAAGAUGUUCCCUUGUGCUUCCUUGUGAGCUGGAGUUUGCUUAAGGGGUGUGCAGUAGAACACUCCUGAUUCUGAAGGGAAGAUGAAACUGUAAAUGCUUUGACAACCACUGUCACCUUAACCUUUUAGAUGCUGACUUUUAAACUUGUAGGCCAGAUCUAUUUAUCCUCUUGGAAGAGACAUCUUCAUUUUUUUAGGCCUAUGUUGUAUAAUCUAGAAGCCAGAGAAGUGUCUGUCUUUGUUUUAAUUUGUAUUGAUGGCUUUUUUGCUUUAUUGCAAUUGCUCUAGAAGAUGAUAUGUCUGUUGCAUGUAAGUCUUUUUGGAAUAAAGCUAUAAUAGCACACUUCAUCUCACUUUAAUAUUUUGUCCCUACUGCAGAUAUUAAAUAUGGACCUUAACACUUCAGUUAAUUCACCCCAAAGGGAAAAUGAUUUAGAAUAAAUUGAGUUUUAUUAAUCUGGGAAAACAUAGUUUAUAUUAUAAUUCCAGUUCAGUGGAAGUGGAUAUUAAGUUACAGUCUCAGUUCUCUAUGUAGCAUUGUCCCAACAGUUAAUUUUGAAGAUAGCACAGCUUCUCUAAUCUCAUUUUACUAGUAAAUUAUCUUGAAAUGUCAAAAGAGCCUUUUGG